AUGCAGUUCACCCAAACCGCCUUCACAGCCGUUUUGGCAAUCGCAUCUUCAGCCGCUGCAUCUCCCCUCGCAGCCCGUCAAACUGUGCUUCAGAACUUCCAAGUCUCCAGCGUGAGUUCCUAUAGCCCAUCGGGACGGCCCGGUAGCUAUCCAUGGGCCCAAAUCACAGCCGAAGUGACCGACCCGAACGAGAUCAACCUCGGUACCGCCGAGUCCGAUGGCAGCGACGUAAUCGUGCCAGGAGGAAGUCAAGGCCUCAACUGCAAAGCGCAAUGGUACACCAAGGGCGAGUCACCUCUCGACCGUACCUGGCCAUGCGACGCCACGUCCAACGGCUACUGGGUCAUGAACGUGCUUGAGGGUAGCAACGGUUUCGCGACCGGUGACUUCAACCUGAAGUUCACGCACGUGGCCGAUGUGUUGUACCAGGGUAAGGAGUACAAGGCGACGUUUGAGGCGGAGGGUCAUUUUGCGGUUGGAGAGAACCUUUCCGGAAGCUGUGGUUCAAGCGGAGUCUGCAGUUGGGGUUUGAAGGCUGAGAACACUCCGUUUGAGAUCACACCGACGAAGGUCUAA